GAAACUCGCAGGACGAUAGCCGAGCGGUCCGCUCUGCAAAGUGUCGAGAGGAUGUUUUGGUGCUACGGUUUUCUGAGUUUCCUCCUUCUCGGAGACACAUACGGAGAUGUUUCUAAAAGCAGAGAGCGACGCCAAAUCUCACCACCAAACGGUCAAGUGAUAGACAACAUUUUUAAAAUUCCGAUCACAGCGAUCAAGCAGACCGCCGCUGUCGCCCAAGCUUUCUCGCCGGAGAACACGCAUAUGAUAGACUCUGUUUUUAAGAUCCCCGUCUCGACUCUAGAAGCUGUCGGCACUCUCGUGAAAUCUACAGCAGAGCAAAGGCGACAAAAUGCGGAGGAUAUCCAAAGGAAUCGUCAGGAGCGAAGAGAUCGAUUACUGGCCAGAAAAGAGCAGAAGUGGAAGCGAAAGGAGGAAUUCCAGAAUCAACGAUUGCAGCAGCAACAAUUGAAGAGAGUUGUCAGGCAUAAAGAUCCAUUCGGACUUGACGCGUUGAGCGAUCUUCUGGUUGGACAUCACGGGCUUCUUAGUGGUAGUGGAUUUUUGGGACACCAUCCUGAAUUAGGUGGUAUACAUCAAGGCGGCCACAGACAUCGCAAAGGUCACGGCUUUCAUGGUUCUCAUGAUAAUAUUGGACUGACGGGUAAUCGACCGCAGAAUACCUACGAAGUCUACGAAGACGUCAACGAAGACACAUCUUUUUCCUGGCACGGUAUAACCGCCGGCGUCGGUAGUUUCUUUGGUACACGACCUUCUAGCAGCACCAUCAAGAUUGAGAACAAAGUAGCUCCCAAAGAGAAGAAGGAGAAAACACCCAUAUACUCGAGCAAUGACGUAAAUCUUUACAACAAAAUCGCCAAGAUUAAAAGUAAGCCGGAGCGCGGAGAUCCGCCGUUAGAAAACAAAAUUGCGCCAAGAAGUGGAAAAGUGACAUUUGUGUAAUAAUAAUGUAAAUAUGUAUGAAAAUAUGUAGUGCUAGGUGUAAUUUUUAUUUUAUAUGACAAAUUUUUGUCGUUUC